AUGGCUGCAAUCCAAUCUCUGCUCAACCCCGUCGAGGAGGGCGAGAACUACGAGAGUAACAACGACAGCAGGGACGAGAUCUCUGCCCGCGACAGCCCGACCUCGGCAGCGUCUGACACGGUCGGAAAUGGACCGGACAAACGCAAUCGAAAGAAGCAAAAGAUGUGCAAAGAUGCUGCAGUCUUCAAGCGGGGGGUCAUCCAAGGGGAAUGUCGAUACCCACCUGAUGAAUAUCAAGAUGAGCUGCUUGAGGCUAAACAUCAGAUGUACGAGGUCUAUCCGAUUGGCGAUAUAGCGACCUACCCAAGACACAUCCCAUACAACAGCGAAAAGAAGUUGUUCUGGGAGAAGACGGGGCGGGAGAGCUUCGAAGUGUUUCAAUAUCAAUUCAAGAUCCCGGGAGAGUCAACCACCUACACCAUGCUGUGGGACUACAACAUCGGUCUAGUCCGUACCACGCCUUUGUUCAAGUGUGGAAAUUAUUCCAAGACAACACCCGCAAAGAUGCUGAGCAGAAAUCCGGGAUUGAAAGAAUUGUGCCAUAGCAUCACCGGAGGGGCUCUUGUUGCUCAAGGUUACUGGAUUCCCUACGACGCGGCCAAAGCAAUGGCAGCCACAUUUUGCUGGCACAUUCGCUACGCACUAACCCCGGUGUUUGGAAAGGAUUUUCCAAACAUCUGUCUUCCUCCCGACUCUGAGAAUUUUGGCUCCAUGCAGAUUGAUGCAGAGAUCACCAAACGCUGUGCUCUGCAAGCUCGACACUACCGUGAACUUGAGAGCUUGGUUGCAUCCGGGCCGUGGUCAGGCAUAUCCAGUCCUCAGACGCCGCAGACGCCCCAAGUUCGCCCUCAACUCAGAAUGAUCUUGCCCAAGCCCCACAAAGAGACUGACAACACCAGUGAAUACUCGACGGACACAAGCCAUGAGGACAAAUAUGAGUUGUCUUCUCCCUCGCCCCAGAUUGCCUUUACCAACCCCUGGUCUGCGGUAAACACUCCUCGCUCGCCUGCCCCAAUCUCUUUUGAUAAUCCAUGGUCACCGUCCAGUACUACCAGGUCGUCUUCCCCUUACGGAACCUCUCGCAAAGGUCGUAUGGCAGCCAAUAUCCCGAGAUCGCAUACCCCUUUGGACCUGUUGCCGCCGCCUAGGAAGCCAUUGUUUCCCACCACUACACCGAAGGAUAUCGAGAAAGACAGCCCGGCUCAGGAUAUGUCCCAUAGAUCGGCUGCGCAAAGCAUGGAGGUUGAUGAAGAGUAUGAUGCCGGGUCAGACGAUUCUGAGGACUCAAAGGGGAAGAAUGGUGUUCCAGCAAGGAAGAAGUCCUCAAAGGGAUUUAGCGACACCAAGGCUGCCUAUGUGUUGAUGAAGUUGAAGACGCACGGAGGGACGCUCAAGACGGAUGCGAAGUCCUUGAAGCGUCGGGCUUCAGCGUAA